AUGUCUUGGCGUAAGGUAUACGUUGGUGAGCUUCCUCAAGAUUUUCUUCGCAUUACCCCAACACAGCAGCAACAGCAAAUCCAGCUGGAUGCCCAGGCAGCUCAGCAGCUACAGUAUGGGGGACCUAUGGGUACAGUAGGCAGACUCAGCAUUACUGUAGUACAGGCAAAAUUGGCUAAGAACUAUGGAAUGACCCGCAUGGAUCCAUACUGUCGAAUACGGCUGGGGUAUGCUGUGUAUGAAACUCCAACAGCACAUAACGGAGCCAAGAACCCCCGCUGGAACAAAGUCAUUCAGUGCACCGUACCCCCGGGAGUGGACUCCUUUUAUCUAGAGAUAUUUGACGAGCGGGCUUUUUCAAUGGAUGACCGCAUCGCUUGGACACACAUUACAAUUCCUGAGUCUCUGAAACAAGGAAAAGUGGAGGAUGAAUGGUAUAGCCUGAGCGGAAGGCAGGGUGAUGACAAGGAAGGAAUGAUUAAUCUGGUUAUGUCGUACACGUCUUUGCCAGCUGCCAUGAUGAUGCAGCCCCAGCCAGUGGUCCUGAUGCCCACUGUAUAUCAGCAAGGAGUUGGAUAUGUGCCUAUAGCAGGGAUGCCUGCGGUGUGUAAUCCAGGCAUGGUACCAGUGGCGAUACCACCUCCUGCGGUCAACCCUCAGCACCUGUGUAAUGAAGAAGACCUGAAAUCUAUCCAGGACAUGUUUCCCAACAUGGACAGGGAAGUAAUCCGCUCAGUGCUAGAAGCUCAGAGGGGGAACAAGGAUGCAGCUAUCAACUCCUUGCUUCAGAUGGCUGAAGAAUCAUAGAUACCCACUUCCUGCAUAGUCCCCAUCCUCGAUGCCACUUACUUUUAUUUGCCAAGCCAAGGAUUUAGCUAGAGGAAGAAUUUCCCAACAGCUUUCUGUUAGUGCAUCCUGUGUGAAAGAAUAUUACCCCCCUUCUCCUUGGACAUUUGGAUCAUUUUCACUUUCUU